CGCCCUCUCUCUCUCUCUCUCUCUCCGUCUUCUCGACCACCUACCCCGAGUCUUUCCCAGAACUACCUUUCGCACUUCCAAGUCUGAACCCUACGGUUCUGUAAACUCUCAUAAUUCGUUCUCUUACAAAAUUCUAAUAUUUUUUUCAGUAUAAUCAAGGCUCAAAUUUUUUUCAUUUUUCUCGUUUUCCGGCAUUAGAGAGUGUUUACCAAUACACAAAACAAACCAAUCAUGUUUCAGCGAGUGUUCGGUAAACCUAAGCAGGAGACCAACGCAUUAACAACGUUGGACAAGUUAAACGAGACACUUGAAAUGCUAGAGAAAAAAGAGAAUGUCCUUUUGAAGAAGGCAUCUGCAGAGGUUGAAAAGGCCAAGGAAUUUACUAGAGCAAAGAACAAAAAAGCGGCAAUACAAUGUUUAAAGAAGAAGAAGCUUUACGAGCAGCAAAUUGAACAGCUUGGAAAUUUCCAAUUGCGUAUUCAUGAUCAGAUGAUAUUGUUGGAAGGUGCUAAGGCUACAACAGAAACUGUUGAUGCAUUGAGAACUGGAGCGGCUGCUAUGAAGGCCAUGCACAAGGCAACGAAUAUUGAUGAUGUAGAUAAGACAAUGGAUGAGAUCAAUGAGCAGACUGAGAACAUGAAACAGAUUCAGGAGGCACUGUCAGCUCCAAUUGGUGCAUCUGCGGAUUUUGAUGAGGAUGAAUUGGAAGCAGAGCUUGAAGAAUUGGAAGGAGCUGAGUUGGAGGAACAGCUUCUUCAGCCUGCUACUACUGCUCCUGCAGCUCCUGUACAUGUCCCAGCAGGCCGGCAACCAUCCCGUCCUCUUCCUCAGAAGAACACCGCUGAGGAAGACGAGCUUGCUGCAUUACAGGCAGAGAUGGCACUCUAAGAGUUACAGACGCAUAGUGGGAAACUGAUGUGAUGGAAGAAGUUCGACGGCUUCAACCCUCCCUUCCCAUGUGAAAUUGAAAAAUUCUCCAUAUCAACUGUUUGUAUAUAUGGCUUUAAGUACAUUACAUUCUAUCUAGAAUUUGUAACCUGAUGUUUCUUAAACAAAUCAUGUGCCAACUUUAUUUGAAAUAUAUAAUCUU